GCCCGUGCGGUACAGUUGAACAGUAGCUCAGCCUUUUUGACAUAUUCGGCUUUGUUCAUUGUGUACGAUGAGGCCAACAUGUGUAUUCUGCGCAGAUGGAGGAGGGAAAGCGGGAAAACUUCUGAAGUGUCUUCACAAGAUCUGCUUUGACUGUCUUCCAGGCAGCGUUGAAAAAGAUGGGAGAAUACGCUGUGCCAAGUGUCGACGUACUACGCCAUGUCCACCUCCUGGUCGCCGUCACGAACAGCUGUUAGUUGAUGACUCCAUGUUUGACAGUGUGCCAAAUAAAAGUACCGGAACGAAGCAGUCGGACGCGAAAGAUCAUGACCUUCAAAUCGUCCUUGAUGACCGUAUGAACUCUCCCGAAGUUCAACCAGAAUCAAGGAGCGCGGACGUCGACCGUUCAACCGUUGCGAGAGCCGAUAAUCAGACACCUCAUCACGGACGAGUUUACUUUUGUCCUUGCCAUGGCAAGAUGGAGAUGCGAUACUACUGUACUCUCUGUCGGGAGGUUUUGUGCGAAUGCUGCAGGGUCGACGUCAAGCACGAGUCCCAUAUCGAUCAGAUCAAGGAUGCCACAGACGUAGCCGCAGCGUUAAGACACAGACUUAUGAAGCGCCUGCGCAACAUCGUCCCUGAUGACAAAGACCAGGAAGCGGAGGAAAGCCUGCAAUAUGCUGGUGAUCUCCUGGAAGCAUUUGAGAGUGACGUUGCCAGUCAAGUGUCCAAUAUCAAGACACAGAUCAGCGAAAAGUGUGAGGAGCAACUUCUAAAGGUGAAGAAACGAAAGAAGGAACUGGAAAGCGAGGCGAAGACUCGGAAAAAGGAGCUAGCAGAACAAGAAGAAUAUUACCGGAAGUCGAACAGUGCUGAACGCGCAUUCCAGCAUAUACAAGACGGACUGAGAUAUGCUAUACGAAAUGAAGACCUCCUUAAAAUGUAUCCAAGAUCGAUAAAUCAUCUUACAGCGGCGUCGCGUGAUAUGGACGCCAAACGAAGUGAGCUAAUGCGAAGGGUAGUAUUCGCGUGCCAGAAUCUGGAAGCCGGCUUUGGUGAAAUGGGUAAUGUUGUGGAUAACACUGAUAUUGAUUUAUCGAUGUGUGCCUUCGCUGAAGAUAGCCCCUAUCUUGCAUUUGUAGGGGAUGAACUAGGUUUUGGUGCAAAAGUGAGAAAUGGGCGAGGCCAACUUGUGUCUGCUCUCGCAUUGAAAGUCUCCAGCUUUCAAAUCUGGGCAACUGAACUUUGUUGUGGAUGUUCUAGCACGGCUCCAGAGCUAGUGCCUGUAUUAGGUUAUAGCAAGGGCCAUGUGCAUGCUCUAUUCCAGUAUGACUGCCGAGAACCUGCAACCUAUCUGCUAGAGCUGUUGCUGGAUACUCCCUGUCCCUUACCAGAACUUCAAAAGCAAUCAACGGUCUCGGAUGUAGCCAAGUAUUUUCCUUUAAAAACUUGGCUUUUAGUGUACAAAUCCCAGGCCAGCUUCUUCCACUCGUCUCAAGUGUCACCCACCCAGGGCAUAGCAUUAUCGUAUUCAAGUACUUGGUUACCUUAUCUUUCACAGGCGCCCCCCUGCAUCAAACUACGCCAAGUAGAGAAUGAAGUCGCUACAGCACGAGCGAUGAUGCCAAUUCAAGACCGAGACUUUUCAGUAGGAUUCAUCAUCUUCAAAUGUCCAUCCAGUAAGAUUGACAUAGGAUUUUCGUGGGAAUGUGCAGAGACUAGCCAGGAAAUGAACAUUGUUCUUGCAUCCUCUCCUAAAUCUCACUCCUCGCUUUCUCCUAUCUGUGACUUCGCGACAGCAGAUAUCGUACACGUGAACCGCCGUCCGCACGCGCAUGGUAAGUAUGACAUUGAUCACUAUUCUUGGGAGGGAGUGUUGAAGAAUGAACAUCACGUGACUGUACAUCCAAAUAAGAAGCCCAUUCUAAUGGUGCGAAUGUUUCACAGUGGUGCAAUUGUAAAGGUUUUUGAAGAUAACAAGAAGCAAUUGAAAGAAAGAAUUCAAGCUUUGAUCAGAACUGCAGAAGCUGUACGUCCUGACCAGCUGAUGGAACAAUAAACACAACGCAAGUUAUCCACUUGUAACGAAAGUUAUGGUUUUCAGAGUCACGAUUUGUUUGUUCCCUUUAUGACCAAAUUAGCAUUCUUUUGUGUGUUGCCUUGUCAUUAUUAUCAUUAUUAGCAUGUAUUAUUAACAUGUACGUUUUAGUAAUACGAAUGUUGGUAUUAUAUCUGGCUCAAAUAAUAGACUAAGUCGCCCAAGCACAGGCUUGCUUUCCAGUCUCUACUCUCCCUGCUGUUUUGUUAUGGUAUAUUCUGUUGUCUUCACCCCUUCUGACGACUAGAAUCUGUACUAGGUUGUGUACUUAGUAAGAAAUAAAACAUGAAAAAGGUACAAUGUAUACAAAUAAUCUGCGUGGAGAUAAAAAUUUAAAUAAUGCUGUAUAAAAUAAUCGGCGUAAGAGUUACGAUAUUCUGGGAAGGCUGCUG